AUGCAUGCAUUUAGGCCCUAUACAAGGAAGCGCAAAAGAUUCACCAACAGUCUGUCACCGGGGCGGCACAUCCCUGACCCUGCUCUGAGCGAGACACCCCAGCGCAGCGCUUCCCACGCCCCGGGCCCGACCGAGAGUCGAAUAGAAUCGCACAGCUUCUCUCUAGACCCUGCUCAAACGGCCAAUGCAAUAUCCACGGGGUCAUUGUCGUUGCCUGACAACGAUGGCACGCCCUUCAUCAAGGAAGAAAGCUACCGCGGGCGUAGUGAGUAUCUCGGCGGGAGCGUGCCGUUCAACGAGAAUAUGGUCAAGCCCGGUCGCGAAGCCACAUAUCCCGAGCAAAAGGUGUCGGACGCAGACCUACAAAUGCUUCAAGAGCAAGGCGCUUUUGAGCUGCCGCCAAUAUCGGUCCAGAAGGAACUGAUUGAUAGCUUUAACAAGUAUUGCGUUUCCUGGACCCCCAUUGUCGACCCGCGAUGGCUGGAUGAAAAUGCGCAACCACCCAUGCUACUUCUCCAGGCAAUUUUCCUGGCAGGCAGUCGAGUAUCAAAGACACCCUUGGAAUACGGGACCAGCGAAGUGUUCUACCGGCGAGCUAAGCUUUUAUUCUUUUUUGGCGGCACCAACAACCCCCUCAUAUCGAUUGUGGCAGCCUGUCUUUUGCAUUGGUACAAUCCAGUAGGACCCGAGAGUGUUUCUACCGACACAAGCGGCUUUUGGAUUCGCACCGCGGGUGCAAUGGCUUUCCAGAUCGGACUACAUAAAGAGCCACCCCCGAAUGCCAGAGACCGUGGGCUUCGACGUCGUUUAUGGUGGUCUUUAGUUAUUCGCGAUAAUAUCAUUUCCGUGGGAGUCGGGCGCCCACGGACCAUAAAUCUGCGUGACAGCGACGUGCUCCCGCCCUCGCUAGAUGAUUUCCCCGUCCGGGACUUUAAGGCCCAGCUUUUCUUAGCCUAUUGCACCAUCACUCGGCUUCUGGGUGAUACAGUUGAAUGUUACUUGCGCAAAGAGAUCUCUCGACAGCGGCAGGUCAAUUUGGAGAAUGCUGUGUAUCGAUGGGCCAAGCAAGCGAUCCCGAAGCUACGCUCGUCUGUCCUCACGCAAGAGGACGCAUUCACCUGCCAUUUCGAGUUCCAGCAACUACUAGUCAUCUAUUUCGUUGUGCUAAUCAUUCUUCACCGUUCACCCACCCCAAACAGCGUACCGCCGGCUGUAUCCAUCGUGGCGUCCUCGUUUAUCGCGGGCAUCUGGGAGGAGUUUCUUCUACGAGAUGAGCUCCGCUACUUGGGCCCUGUUUUUGCCUUCUAUGGUCUUUGUGCCGGGCUUCCGCUACUUUCAAGCUGUCGAUAUACGCACCUACAAAGCAUGGCUGAACAUGAAUUGACGGUAAUGAAGUUGUCGCUUCAGAAACUGUCCGAAAGGUGGCUCUCGGCGGUUGGUCCGUUGCGAGCUCUUAAUAAAUUGACCGAGGAAGUCCGCGCGCAAGGGCCGUUCGAAGGUCCAUCGCCUACUCUUGACCCUGACACGGCUUCGUUCUUUGAGGGAUUUGACAGCAAAAUGUGCAAACAAUGGCGCUUUAUUGGACAGUCCUCUGAACCACCUAAUGGCAACACAGCCAUCGCGGCCACUUGCUCGUUAGCAGACCUUCAAGAAGCCAGUGAUGCGCUUCACCCGUUCGACACGCGACCGGAAGAGCAGCUUACAGAGAAUUACGACCUUACGACACUCGAUGCCGACUUGGAUCCAUUUAGUAACAAUUGGGAAGGGGCUGGAUUUGACUGGAGUGGCUCCUGGCUUCUCAAUUUGUGA